AUGACUUCCAGCAGUAGAAGUAGUAGUCAACACCGUCCGCACCAACCACCUGCCUACCAUGGUGCGGAUCAGCCUCCCCUCUCGCUGCAAGCGCCUUCGACCUCUCAACCACAAUCGCGCAACAACUCUUCACUACCGUCGUUGAAAGCAGCUUCUUCUUCGACAACAGAUACCCAGCUAGAGUCUCUUCACCAAUUGUCCGCUUCAACUUCGACUGCACCUGAAAAGAAGCAUGACCACAAAGCCUUUUCGCCCUCUUCUGCAUCUUCGCAUUCGUCAAUAGAUCAUGAGGAGCACGCCGACUUGCCCGGUCCCUUGCCCACCACACAUACACUACAGCCACUAGCCUCGCGUCUCACACGAGCAGACUCUCGGCCCAAGCCUACACAGGCCGCUGCUGCGACUGGUGCCAAAGACCAAGCUUCUCAUGGCCGCCAACGGUCCUCAUCGAUAUCUUACAUUGACCCAGCCAACAGGUCUUCGGACUUGCAACGCGCCUCCUCGCGGGUCUCAUCAAUACACCGAUGCGCCGACCCUCACUAUCCAGCCUCUGCCCUCGCUCUAACUCUCACCAAGUCGGAAGAUCCUUAUGCAACCUACAUCGACUGGCCUGCCAACGACUCCGAGAACCCAUUUAAUUGGCCAAAGUCCCGAAGAUGGCUCCUCGUCUCCGUCUGCUUCCUCUUCACCGCCUGCACUGCCUUCAAUGGUUGCGGAUACCCGUCAGCAUCUUUCCAAGCCGCUCAAGACUUGCAAACUACCCAGCUUGUGUUCCUCGUCGGCAACACCGUCUUCCUCUUUGCCGUCUCCAUCACCCCACUAGUCCUCGCUCCGUUGAGCGAAGUUUACGGCAGAAGCCCGAUCUACCUCACCGCUGUUGCCAUCUUCACCCUGCUGUACAUCCCUCAAGCGCUCGCCAAGAACAUCACAACCAUCAUUGUCGUACGUUGGUUCCAGGGCAUGGCUGCUUCUGUCGGUAAUUCCAUGGUUGCAGGAAGUGUUUCGGAUGUUUUCCACGCCAACGAACGAGGCUUUCCCAUGUCGCUCUACGCCAUUGCCGUGUACAUUGCGCAAGGUGUGUCGCCCUACAUCUCUUCCGUGACGGUCAACAGGGCAAGCUGGAGGAUCAUGUUUUGGUGGCAAGGUGCGCUCUCGCUCCUUACCUACAUUCUCAUGGCUCUGUUCCUCAAGGAGACUCGAGGACCCGUUCUGCUCUCUCGCCGAGCCAAGAAACUCACCAAGGAGACCGACAGGCUGCAUAAGUGCAGAGCCGACGAUGAACGACUCAACUUUUUGGUCAUGGUCAAAGUCUCACUCAUUCGACCUAUGCAGUAUCUUGUCUGCGAGCCGGUCGUGCUCAGCUUCGCACUCUGGAUUGGAUUCUUGUGGGGUAUCAUCUUUAUCUCCCUCGAAGCCAUUCCUAUCGUCUUUGCAGGCUACGGCUGGGACUCGGAGCAGCAGCACAUGGCACUCCUCACCAUUGCGGUCGGUGGUACCAUUGGCUACCUCCUCAACUUCCAUCAAGAGAAGCUCUAUGCCGCCGCAGCACACAAGUACGGCGGUAAGCCACCUCCGGAAGCUCGUCUCUACUACGCAGCCGCAGGAGCCGUGCUCGCCCCAAUUGGACUCUUCAUCUUCGCCUGGACGGGUCGAGCAAAUAUCAACCCCGCCGCGCCCAUCAUUGGAUUGACCAUCUUCAACCUCGCCCUUUUCCCCGUAUACCUUGCUGUCUUCUCCUACCUUGCCGACGUAUACGAACGAUACGCAUCAAGUGCACUUGCUGCCCAGAGUUUCUUACGAAACACCUUCGCUGCAGCUUUCCCACUUUUCUCUCAGCAGAUGUACACCAAGUUGACGCCAAAGUAUGCUUCCACGCUAUUGGCAUGCAUUGCUGCCUUGCUGGGAGUCGUUCCCUUCGUACUACUCAAGUACGGAGAUCGCAUUCGCAAGCACAGUCGAGCAGCAAUGGCGUUGGAAGCAGAAGAACGAGAAGCAGCUGAAUUCUUGGCCCAUGAAGAGGAGAAGGAAGUCCGUCGCAAUGCUAGAAGGCAAGCUCGUGCAGCACGUCAGGCCGCAGCAGCUUCCCAUUCGACAGGUACGACAGCGGCAAACACGCCCGAAUGGCAGAAGGACGUACCGUCCCACUUUGACGAGGAGAAAAUCAUCGAUCGUCACCAAGAAGAGGAGGGAGAAGACCACGAUGAUUCGGUCGAGGAAGAGAAACGCGCAGCCCAUCAUCAGCAUCAGCAUAGUGAUGAUGGAGACACAAUCAGCUCUGGUAGCGUUACUCCUUUUCCCACCACUGCUAAUGUUGCAGUCAGACCAGAAGACUGUAGCGAUUGCAACAACAUCAAACGUAUGCCUCCUACUAGCAUUUUGUAA